CAGACCAUAAGAACACCAGUUGGAAAGUUUUUAGCUUCAGUGGUUACUUAAACGAUCAAACACAUAUUUUUGGACAAGAUUCACGUGCCCCCUUACAGCUUUUAAUCCAUGCUGCUUUCCGGGAAACUGAGGUAUUCGGAUUAUCGUUCUUUCUCUUCGAGCUCUCUCUCUAGAUUUCUAAGCUUUCAUCUUCCAUAGCUAGUGUUGACAACCGUCACAACCUCUGCCGUCUCACCCGCUCUCAAUCAUCAUCAGUUGUUCGUGUUGUAUCUGGAUGAAGGCGGAGGCGGCUACGGUUGGGAAGUUUAGGCACAAAAGAUUGGUGAGGGAAAUGAGAGGCUGUUGGUGGCACAAUACAUUCCUAAUCAUACUCUCUCCAAGCACCUCUUUCCCUAUAAAGGGUUCAUUUGGGGAGGGUGAUGGAAAUGCUGCUACCGUCAACAAGAAAUUGUUGAAUCUACAAAAGGUGGCCCCUUUCUUUUCAGUAAAAGACUUAAUACAAAAGUUCUUGUAAUGUUUCAUAACUUCAUUCUUUUUCCUUUCAAGUGUUUCAUAACCGCUGAUUUUGAUGUUGCAUCAAAGUUUUAUCUCUCUCGUCUCCUUUGUUGGUUCCGAUAGACAAUGAUGUGCUAGGGUAGUGUGUUUGAAGGUUCCCGUAGGUUUGAAUCCUUGGUUUUGUUUCAAGUCCUGAAAACCAAAAGAGACAUAUUUGAAUCUUGCUAAUUUCCUCUAGGAUCCUCAUAUCGUUGGAACAUAUUGUAUAAUGUAGUUUUGCUUUAGUCAUUCUUCUAGUUGUAACUUGUAACUUAAUGCAAAUGCUUGGAGAUGUGAAGUGAUCACCAAUCGCGACAUCUGUGUCCAAGGACUCUCACUAGGCAUUUAGCUAUAAUACAAUCCUUUUUCUGGUAUGAAUUCUGCAUAACUUACAUGGUCUUUAUUCCAUCCUAGUUCUUGUUAGGAUUCUGGAUAUGGGUCUUGUUUUCAUUAAUUUGGCAUCAAUUAGAUGGGUUUUUGAGCAAUGACGGAUUAAAUUGGUCUUUUCUGGUUUUUGUGUUUAGUGUAUCUUUGGAAUAGUCUGUUGUUAGUACUAAAAUAAGAUUUAGUGGAUUUCAAGGGUAGUUUAAACAAGACAAAUGCGCAGUUGUCAUGAUCAUUCUUAAUGGUGUUGUCAGUUGUCCUCAAAUUUUCCCUGUACAUAUCAACUGUUUUCCUAUAAUCUGAUUGGAGUUAAUAUAAACUUAUUAUUGUGGAAAAUUAGUUUUCGUAUGAAUUUUGGACUGUGUCAUUGCAUGCUUAGAACAGUUAGGAUUGUCAAAGAAAGAUUAGUUUUUGAAAAUGAAAUCUGCAACGAAAGACAAUUAAAACCACUUUGGAAAAACCAAGUAUGGGUGCUAUCACUCUAUUUCCCUAUAUCCCUGCCGAAUUGGGAUUGGGUCCAAUCUUUGGAAGGGCAUCCUUGAGUUAAAUGACUUGUUAACGAAUGGAUCAGUCGAACGACAUAAUCUCGGCGUGUAAGUAAUAAGUUUCUGUUCCUGUCAUGAUCAUCCCUCUGCAUAUCAAUUAAUCAUUUGUCUUCCUUACAGAUAAAGGGAUAGUUUGGGGAGGAUGAUGGAAAUGCUGCUACCGUCAACCAGUAAUUGUUGAAUCUACAAAAGGUGACCCCUUUCUUUUCAGUAAAAGACUUGAUACAAAAGUUCUUGUAAUGGUUCAUAACUUCAUUCUUUUCCUCUCAAUUGUUUCAUAACUGCAGAUUUUGGUGUUGCCUCAAAGUUUUAUCUCUCUCUCUCUUCUCCUUUAUUGGUUGUGAUAGACAAUGAUGUGCUAGGAUAGUGUGUUUGAAGGUUCCCUUGUGAUUUAUAAAAUACGGUUCAAAUGGAUUAUCUCUCUAGCAUCACACUAACCAUUGUUGUUGUUGUUGUUGUUGUUAUAGAAACUUGGUAGUUCAAAAUUUUCAUUUUGUCUUUGGAUUGUGGUGCAAAGUCUACCCGUGAAACCACCAAUUCCUCUAGUUCUAUUCUAUGAGUAUGGAAGGAGAUAUCUUAAAUUCCCUUGAAAUUGGUUUAUGAGUAACACAAGGAUACCCUCCAGCAUUCAAUCCCACCCUUAAAAUAACUAUUAAGCUACAUUUUGAUUGUUAUAUCAUGUGAUUUACAAAAUACGGAUCAAAUAAAUAAUCUUUUUAGCAUCACUCUAACCGUUGUUAUUAUUAUUAUGGAAACUGUUACUAACAUUUUAAAAAUCUCAUUUUGUAGUCUUCACAGGUGUAUUUUAUUUCUAAAUGUAAAAAGUUUAAAAUACAAAAUGAAAAUUUUGAAGUGGGAAUAACAAUUCAGUAACACAAAGUCUCGCUUGAAACCAUCAAUUCCUCUAAUUCUAUUCUAUGAGUCUCACGUGAUACCCUCCAGCAUCCAAUCCAACCCUUAUUUAAACUUAUAUUUCUCCAGUCGAGAUUUGAUCUGCAAAACAAGAUCUGCCCUUGGCCUCUCUGAGGACUUCCAUCAAGCACCUGGCAGGCACAUUUGGGGUACUCAGUAGUAGAGCAAAGAUGGGUGUUGGUAUAUCGGUUCUGAUAGGGUUGAAGGCAGCAGUAUAUUUCGCGUUGUUUGCAUACCUCGGAAGCUCUGGUUUCACAGUGCUUUCGAUACCAUUUUUGUAUGCCUCUAUGGUAUCAUUUUUGGUUUCACUUGCUGCUCUUCCAUCCAUAGACCUUCCCAUGCUGUUGGGGAAGAACUCAGAUGGGACUUUCCCCAUUUGGUCGAUUAUAAUGUUCAGCCCCUAUUUGUAUUUCGUCCGCUUCUUCUCGGCAUUGCGGAGGAUGCAGAGUAGGGAGGCUCCUUACACUGAAAUCUCCGAGGGCUUGUUCGUUGGCGGGUGGCCUUCUUCGCAGGAUAAACUGCCGCCAGGUGACCCUGCCAUUGUUGAUUGCACUUGUGAAUUUCCAAGGAAUUCUGAGGUUUCAGGGCAUUCUUAUUUGUGUGUGCCAACAUGGGACACGAGGGCUCCCCCGCCGGUUGCCAUUGAAUCUGCUGUCAAGUGGGCUUGCCGAAAAAGGGCUCAGAAUAAGCCUGUUUUCGUCCACUGCGCCUACGGUCAUGGGAGAAGUGUAGCUGUCAUGUGUGCACUACUAGUUGCUCUUGGGGUGGCAGAGGACUGGAAAAAUGCUGAGAAACUAAUUCGAGAGAAACGCCCUUACAUUAGGAUGAAUGCUCUACACCACAGGGCUCUGGAAGAGUGGUCAAAACAUCGGUUAUCUCCUUCUAAGAAGAAUUGAUUAGCUAAAGUAAUAGAUAGCCAUGGUUUCUUGCGGUGCCAGUUGAACCAUUGACCCGGUGAACCUCAUGUGGAACACAAAGCCACAGACUACAACGAGACCGGCAACAGCCAUGUUUUCUGAUGCUACUGUUAAGUCGGGAAACAGUCAAUAUUUCUUGAAUGACUUAGUGUGUGAUUAUGCAUAAACGUUAUCUUAAUUUGUAAGAAGAUUUAUAACUUUCCACUUAUUAAUGCAAUGAUUGUAAGAUACAAGCUCAACCUCCUGAGUUUUAAGUGAAUUUUCCAACGGCCGUUCUUCC